AUGGAAGAAGUCACGGGAUUUCGCGACCUAAUCGAGUCUCUUGAGCAUCUGUGGUGCCUCAAGACUCUGGUUAUCAAGUGCUGCAGCGAUAUCACGUCUCUGCCCGAGUCUCUCUUCCUCCUGCCUUCACUCACCAGUCUCACCCUUAGCACGUCACUAAUUUCGGUUCUGCCAGACGAGUUUGCAAGGUUGUCACAGCUACAGGAACUCGUGCUGGAUUUGAGGUGUCGCACAAUAAUCCUUCCUGAUUCCAUCGCUCUGGUUACUACACUGCAGGAGCUUUCCCUCAACAAUAUCUGGAACCUGAAGUCUCUGCCCGAGGAGUGCGGUCAGCUGAUUGCUCUGGAAAAGCUGCACAUGAACAACCUCCAUCAGCUCACGCACCUUCCCGAAUCCCUUGGGCAGCUGACAGUUCUUCGGGAGCUGAAAAUUAUGGAGUGUAGGCAGCUGCAGCAGCUCCCGGACUCCCUAUCCCAGAUAUCUUCACUCGAGCACCUGGAGAUUAUCAAGUGUCCGGAAGUCAAGGUGCUGCCAGAUGACAUGGGGAACGGUCUGCCUCGCUUGAAGUAUCUUCAUUUGAAAUGCUGUGCAGCUCUCACCCACCUCCCUCCAUCCCUCUCCCGCCUGACGGCUCUCGAAACCCUCAAGGUUGUGGAAGCCAUACGCCUCAAAGGCACUCUUCUAGAUGGCUUCGGUUGCUUGACAAGCCUUAACGAGUUGGUUCUCCAAGACAUGCCUCGCUUAUCUGCCUUUCCUGCCUCCUUUUAUGGCCUUUCCUUGCUUACCAGCCUGGAAUUUAACAAUUGCCCAAAAGUGACAGUCUUUCCUGAGGGGAUCGAACGGCUGGAGGCGCUUGAGGUGGUCAAGAUCGCACGGAUGAAAGGCUUGAAGCAUUUCCCUGCGUCGCUUGUUAGGCUGCCCCGACUGCAGGUGUUGGAGGUGCGGGGAUGUGGUGGGGUUGGCGUGCUGCUAGGGGAUGAGAUAGUGCUCAAACGCACUGACAGGGGUUAUGUGCCGCUAUCCUCUUUAACGAAGCUGAAGCUUCUAGAGAUGUACAGCCUUGAAUCUCUCCCUGAAACCAUCGGUCAACUCUCGCGUUUGAAAACCCUCCGGAUUGAUUCGGUCAUGCGGUUGGAGGCGCUGCCUGACAGCUUGGGAGGGCUCUCAGGGCUGCGGAUCAUGAAGCUGGUUCACCUCAUCACGAUACGGCAGCUGCCAGAGUCUUUUGGGCAGCUGACGAAGCUUGAGACGCUGGAGAUUAUUGACUGCCACAAGCUGAUGCAGCUGCCAGAAUCCUUUGCCAAUCUGUCCAAGUUGCAAUCGUGCAUCCUCACUAAGCUUGGAAUCGCGACAUUUCCAGGCAAUUUCUGGAAAUUGUCUUCCCUUGAAGAAUUGGUGCUCCUGGGACUGAAGCAGGUCCGCAGCUUGCCAGAGUGGUUCUCUAAGCUGCCUAAGGUGCAGGUGCUGCGGGUGGUUGAAUGCAAGAAUCUGACUCAGCUGGCGUCUUCUAUCCGACAAUUGCCGACUUUGCGCGUGUAUGAUAUCUGCGAGUGCCCUUUGCUCUCAGAGCGAGACAGGAGGGGGAUUUUUGCAAGGGCAGGCGAGGAGGAUGGGGUGGAGGGAGAGGGAGAGGCGGUUGAUGAGGGAGAGGAGGAAGGAGGGGAAGAGGCAGAGGGUGGGGAGGGAGGAGAUGCGAUUGUGGAAGGGCAAGAGACGGACAGGGAGGCAGCAGAGGAAGCAGAGGGUGAGCAGGGAGGAAAUGCGAUGGUGGGAGGGGAAGAGGCGGACAGGGAGGCAGCAGAAGAGGCAGAGGGUGAGCAGGGAGGAAAUGCGAUGGUGGAAGGGCAAGAGGCUGACAGGGAGACAGCAGAGGAGGCAGAGAGUGGGGAGGGAGGAAAUGUGAUGGUGGGAGGAGGAAGAGAGUAG